AUGACGAGUGUUGAGCGAGCUUUGGAGAUAGUCACAGCGGCUGACCUCUCCCCGACAGAACACCUCCUGCUCAAGCAUUUCGUUGAAUCUGCUGUUGAUCCGCAAAAGGCGGGAGAAUAUGUGAUUUAUAGGGUCAAAACAUCGGCGAGCAAUGUCGAAGAUACGCUUCGUGUCCUCAAGGGGCAAUGGAGACGUCUGGCAACCCGACUGACGGUCGCUGAUACUGUUCCCGACACUGUCAGAGACUUACUCUUCCUAAGGGACGGCCGUGACUUUGCUAUGCGACGAUACCCUAGCCAUGUCCCCGGGUCGAACGUCGAGCCGGCUUAUGUGAUUCCACCGUCUCUGUUCCGGAAUCUUGAGUCAAUUGAUGGGGGCGCUCUAUUGUCGAUGCUCGAGGCGUUCCUAACCAGUGGCGGUGUUUCCAGGCUCAGAGACUUUCUCGAGUGCGACCCAGAAAAUACUUCGAUCCAACUUAGAAAUCUUCUGCUGCUCCCACCCAGUAUACAUGCAGCCUUUCGAGCUGGGCACGUAGACAUAAGGACACGAUCGGAGAUGAGGGGAGGGCCGCCGCCUUCCAUUGACUCUGUCGAUGAACCCCUCCAGACUUGCUUGUACGCAAUGCGCAAACUAUAUCCUGAAGAGGCUUCCGGCCUCUAUCUGGGAGAUGGCACCCCCUACGAUCGCGGCCUUGAAUUCUUCGAGCUCUCCACCUCGGAUACCGAAAGGCUUCCCCUUCCCAGCAGUUCCCUGAUCAAUCUUCAUUCCAGAGGACAAAAUAGGUCGGGGCUGGCCCCCAAAACCACUAGGGUUCUCAAUACCAGCGAGCGUCGUGUCCGGCUUCUUCCGAAUCUGGCGUCUCCUACCACAGAGUUUCAGAGCCUUCUGCUACACCCUCCUCCAAAAAGCCGGGCGGAAAAUGUAUCCCCUGGAAGCGGACGUCUGGGCCCAGCGUUUGCCGUUCGGGCUCUUAUCGAAAGACAUACCUCCAUCCCCGCGCCCCGCCUCCUCGAUACCUGGGAGACAAACGGCGUAACAAACAUCCUCAUGACGCGUGUACCAGGUGUACAACUCGGGCAAGUCUGCCACUUGAUGUCCUACGCAGAGCGCACCCAGCUCGUCGCCGACCUGAAAGCCUGCGUCGAGCAGCUGCGCAGGAUCCCAAAUACGACACCAUACCUGAUCUGCGACUCCCUCGGCGGCCCGAUAACGGACCACCGUAUCCCCGGCGACACGGGCGGCCCGUUCAACACCGAGGCAGACUUCAACGAACACCUCGUCAGCCACCUGACCGCCUCAUUCACCGAUGUCGUUCGAAUUGAAAAUCUCCCCGCUCGCGAGCACGCCCAUUUCUACUUCGCCCACUCGGACUUCCACCAGUCUAAUUUGCUGAUCGAGCGCGGUCGUCUGUGCGGUAUUGUGGAUUGGGAGUCCGCGGGCUUUAAACCCGAGUAUUGGGAGUUCACGAAGGCGAUGUAUAGCCACCUUCACCAUCCUGUGCUGGCUGAUAUUUUCCGCCGGGUUUUUGAUACUCAGUAUGAGAACAUCUUCGAUGAACUGGUAAUCCGAUUACUCGAAACUGCCAUUCGUAAAACAAAGUCGUUCGACCCGAGAGAUCCGAGGGUCAUCAAUACUCUACCCUUUCAAUGGGACCCACCAGCCCCUUCCACUAUGGCCAUGAGCGUGAGGCUCUUGGAUCGUUUGUCCUCCAAGCGUCAAGGUCACUCGCAUCCUGUAGUCAGAGUCGUCACCGCGGUCGUUGAAGCUGCCGUUGCACUACCGGAGAGAAUCGGUUGGUAUGACAAGCAUCUUGCGAAGGAAAUAGAACGAGUGAGGGGAUCCUACCGCAUCGGGGUUCUUUCAGUCCUCGUGGGAAUCAUCCCCGGAUCCUGGAUAUUCAAGAUCAUAGACGGUGAUGAGGGGUAUCUGCGGGAGCUGAGUGCCAUUGUACGGGACACCGAGACUGCCACUCUCAUGACAGCGGCAUACCUAGGCAGGAUCGACCACAUGAGAUUGUUGUUGCGCGUGGAGAGCGACUACCAUUAUUUCCCGCGGCAGGAACCUUGGGAAGAUAGUCGGGUGGUCUCUUUGGAGCGAGCGCUUCUCGCGGCAGCUCUGGGCGGGCAAUCAGACACAGUGGUCUACCUGCAAUAG